AUGUCUUAUUAUUAUGAUUCAAGUGAUACCGAUACCGAUACCGAUACCGAUACCGAUACCGAUACAGAUACAGAUACCGAUACAGAUACCGAUACAGAUACCGAUACAGAAGAUCGUUUAUAUUUCAUAAAGUAUAAUAAUGCAACAUUACAAAAUAUUCCAAACACUACAGUCAAUUCAAACAAUUUAAAUGCAUGUGCAAGCAACUUACUUGAUAAUAUAUCAGCUAGAAAUAAUCGUGGUUGGACAGCUCAAGAAAAGAACUAUGAUUGUAUUGCUGUUGGUGCUACAAGCAACAACCGUUUGAUUGUUAGUGGGAAUGUUAAAGCACGCAGUCCAUCAAAAACAGACAAUCAUCGUAUUACUUAUAGCGACUUCGGUUUACAUGAUAGACACAAAGAAAUAAUUCAACGUACAAUUUGCUCUGAACCGAAUAAAUAUAGUGAUUUUAAUAUCGACAUAAUACAACAGAAACUUCAUCAAAAUAAACUACCACCAGAGAUUAACAAUGCACGUGAUCAUGCUGAAAUGCAAAUAAUAUCCUAUGCACAACAACAUGGAUUAGAAUUACUUGCAGUUGGAACGAGUAAACCUCCAUGUGCACCAUGUAAAGAAAAGUUGGAACAAUAUGACAUUGGGUUUCGUCAACAAAAAGACGGCAAUCCAAGGCCGAAAAAUUGGGAAGCACCAGAGAACGUUCAAACUCAACGAUUAACAACUAUGCCAAGAAGUUCAGUUCGAGUUACGAAAAAUGUGGUUGAGAGAAAUAUACCCGAAUCAAGAAAACAAGCAAGUUCCAUGAUAAGAAAUAAUGUUAAACAGCAAUUAAUACCGAAACCAGGUUGUCAUGUAUCAGCUGGUAGUGUUUUAGAUACAAUUGAUAGAAUCGAUCAAAGUGGUUCCGCACGUGCUGGUACAUACAAUGCUUAUUCUGGUACAUAUAAAUCAAAAAGAACACUUAGAGCGGGUGGAUAUGCUGGUGCUAGUCUUGCAGAAGCAAAUGCCAAUUAUAGUAUAUUUGGUGCAAGUGCUUCAAUGUACUCAGCAUCUGCUCAUUAUGAAGUUGGUCUCAACAAUUCAAUUGGUGUCAAUGCAUCUUUAGUACGAGCAGAAGCACACGCAGGACCUCUACAAAUUGGUGCUGGUUUGAGCCUCGAUACAAGUGCUAGCGUUGGGCUUGAUGGUGCUCAAGCAUCUGCUUUGGGCUUUGGUUUUCAUAUUGGUCCCAAAAUGCAAAUAAAGACUCCUAUUGUUGAUGCUAGUUGUAAUAUCAUGUAA